UAUAAAAAUGACAUUAAUUCCUGGCUACCCUAUUUCAUGUGUGCUGGUUUAACAAACAAAGAGGAAUUUGCCAAUUUUUUAAUUAAAUAAUCCUGUUUAUUUCAUGCUUAUCAAUCUUAUCGUGUAGGUCUUGUAACCGAGUAGCCAAACUGGAUUGAGGAUAAUGAUGGACUCGGACGCGUCCGGAGCGGACUUCUGCCGAUUCUGUCGCUCCGAGGCGACGUCGGACCGGCCAUUGUUCCACCCGUGCAUCUGCACCGGGUCUAUUAAAUGGAUACAUCAGGAAUGUCUCGUUCAAUGGAUGCGAUACUCGCGAAACGAGAUCUGCGAGUUGUGCGGGCACCGGUUUUCGUUUAUGCCGAUUUACUCCCCGGACAUGCCUGGCCGGCUGCCGAUCCGGGACGUGGUCGGCGGGCUCGUGACGUCAGUCGCGUCAGCUGUGAAGGACUGGCUCCACUAUACUUUGGUAGCGCUCGCCUGGCUCGGCAUAGUGCCACUCACGGCCUGUAGGACCUACCGCAGCUUGUUCCUGGGCUCCCUGGACCCUGUAAUCUCUUUACCAUUUGACAUAGUCUCGGCCGAGAACCUGGCUAAGGAUGUUUUCUCAGGCUGUUUUGUUGUGACAUGUACUUUAUUCUCAUUUAUCGGCCUAGUAUGGCUACGAGAACAGAUAAUGCAUGGAGGUGGCCCUGACUGGAUGGAACGGGAGAAUAUUCCACCACCUGCUGCUGAAGAUGCUCCAUUACCUGAUAAUAACAAUGACAGGGUGAAUGAUGGAGCGGGGGAUGAUGGGGUAGCCAGGGAGGAGGCCCCAGAAGCUGCAGAAGGGGAUUUAAUAGUUGGAGAUGAAGCUAAUUGGAACCCGAUGGAAUGGGAUAGAGCUGCAGCGGAAGAGUUGACAUGGGCGCGUUUACUGGGGUUAGAUGGCUCUAUGGUUUUCUUGGAGCAUGUAUUCUGGGUGGUGUCACUAAAUACAUUGUUUAUAGUGGUGUUUGCUUUCUGCCCGUAUCAUAUAGGGAGAUUGGGGGCAGCAAUGGCUGGGUUUAAUACAGAUGGGCCUUUCUCGGGGCCCCUGACAGCACUAGCAGGCUAUGUGCUAGUCGGAGCCAUCUUGGCCGUGCUGCACGGGGCAGCAUCGCUGCUCCGCCUCCGCAGUGCCAAGAAGGCGCUGGGAUUCUGCUAUGUAGUUGUGAAAGUGGCUUUGCUGUCAGUUGUGGAGAUCGGAGUAAUCCCGCUGGUAUGCGGCUGGUGGCUGGACCUCUGUUCCCUCUCUAUGUUUGACGCCACCCUGAAGGACCGAGAAGCUAGCCUCCAAGCCGCCCCCUGGACUCUCAUGUUCAUCCACUGGCUUGUCGGCAUGGUCUAUGUGUACUACUUCGCUUCGUUCAUACUGCUACUGAGAGAAGUACUGAGACCUGGCGUGCUUUGGUUUUUGAAGAACUUGAAUGAUCCUGAUUUUAGUCCAGUGCAGGAAAUGAUCCACCUAUCGGUAUGGAGCCACAUCCACCGGCUGGUCGCGUCGGCCAUGAUCUUCGGCACGGCGGUGCUGUUCAUGCUGUGGCUGCCCAUCCGCGUCAUCAAGCAGGCUCUGCCCGGCUUCCUGCCCUACGCCGUGGCCGUGCACGCCGAGGCGCCUGUCAACGAGCUCAGCCUGGAGCUGCUGCUGUUACAAGUGAUCCUCCCCGCGCUGCUGGAGCAGUCGCACACGCGCACCUGGCUGAAGCACCUGGUGCGCUUGUGGUGCGGGCUGGCGGCGGGCGCGCUGGGGCUGCGCUCGUACCUGCUGGGCGAGGCGCGCGGCGAGCCCGACGCCGCGCCGCACCCGCACCCGCACCCGCACCCGCACCCGCCGCACCAGCUCGGCGCCGCGCACCAGGCUCUGAUGCGGCGCGACGGGCCGGCCGGCUACGAGCCGUACGUCCGCGUGGCUUGGUUCCCGCUGCGGCUCGCCGCUCUGCUCGUGUUGGUGUCUCUGUCCCUGGUGCUGGCUAGCGCUCUCACACUGGUGAUCCCAGUGGCGAUAGGCAGGAAAGUUAUGGCGCUAUGGCUGCCUAAAGCGUCAGAAGGUGUACACGAACUUUAUACUGCUGCAUGCGGCAUGUACUCGUGCUGGGCGCUGGGGCGCGGCGGCACGCUGCUGGCGGGCUGGGCGCGCGGCGGGCGGCGCGCGCUGCUGGCGCGCGCGGCGCAGUGGGCGCGCAUCGCCGCCCGCGCCGCCGCCGCCGCGCUAGCGCUGCUCGGCCUAGUGCCGCUGCUGUUUGGCCUGCUGCUCGAGCUGGUCCUAGUGAUCCCUCUUCGAGUACCACUCGAACAAUCCCCGGUGCUAUUCGUGUGGCAAGACUGGGCACUCGGCGUGCUCUACACGAAGAUCGUGUGCGCGCUGACAAUGAUGGGGCCGGACUGGGCCAUGCGGCGCGCCAUCGAGAAGGCGUAUAGAGACGGCAUACGAGAGAUGGAUCUUAAGUUCAUCCUGACGGAGGUGGCGGCGCCGAUCGUGUGCUGGCUGGGGCUGGCGCUGGCCGUGCCGUACGCGGUGGCGCACAGCGUGGCGCCGCUGCUGACCAUGUCGCCGGCGCAGCGCAACCUGCUCGCGCGCCGCGUGUACCCCGCGCUGCUGCUGCUGCUCGUGCUGUCGGCGCUGGCGCAGCUCCAGGUUCGACAGUUCCGCAAACUAUACGAGCACAUUAAGAACGACAAGUACCUCGUCGGGCAGCGGCUCGUCAACUACGACCACCGACGACAUAAACCACAGAGCGUCGCCGCCAACUGAGCGAGACAGCGCACUGAGAUAGAGAGAGAUGGAGAAUAACAAGAGUUUGACUGGCCAAUUUCCAUGGACUCUGUUUUAGACUAGAGGUUUUGUUUAUAUCAAAUAUGGUUUUGA